AUGACCUGGACAAAGAGAGACUUUCUAGAUCUAUCAGCAGAUUCAACUUUUGGUUCCACAGCCUUCAAUCUAGGCAAAGACCCUCUCUUGCACCAAUUGGAACAAGUAAGAGAAUACAGUGAACAGGAUCUUCUAGCCAAUAUGAUUUACAUUUUUCUUCUCUUGGUGUUCGCAACGGUGGUACUAGGGGCUGUUUCUUUUGGAGUCAGAGAGUACUACUUGUCAAUGAAGAGCAAGUUGGAUACAGCAACUAGCCCUUUUACGCCGCAGGCUGAGGAUGAAAUUUGGAAUGCUCGUAAUGACCAGAUACAGACAACACCAGCAUUACCUGAAUCAAACGCUCCUUCUUCCAAUUUGAAACAAUUGCCCAUGGAGUCGGAAGAAAGUCAAAAUCGACUUUCAGAGAACUCGUUGGCUUCAGGAUUCACUCAUUUCACAGAGAACAGAGUCCAGCUGCAAAAAAAUCACACUAUAGAAGAAACAGAAUCUAGUAACCAGGGCCUUUCCGGAUCUUUAGAACAGGUGACGGAGCUUGAGAAAAUCCAAAUCUUUCGUGAUGAUAUCGAAUCUCCAGGCUUGAAACACUUUAUGUCUGCUGAUAUUAGCAAGGGAGAGAACUUAUUAUCUGAAAAAGAUUCGCCGCAAGAGCCACUGCCACCUCCACCACCUCCGCCUACAAGAGUGAGAACCAAAUCCAAGACCAACAAAAAGACUACUUAUAGUAUUAGCCAUCUUCUUAGUCUCAACAGUGACAUCCUGACCAAAUACUUAACUCACAGACUUAAGAGUCGGUCGAUCAAGAUGUCAAAGAUAUUGCGGUAUUCGGCAGAUAUUCCUGCCACAGAGUUUGAAACUGCCUGGAAUGCUAACAAGAGUGUGAAUGAUGCCAGAGCAAAGCUUGAGAUGAACGAAGCUGGUGAUUCAGACUUCGAGACAGACUCAGACGCAGGCUCUGAUUAUGGCGACAAGAACAAGUGCACAGGUUGCAUAGCUGUUCUUCAGUUAUUAUCUAUAGGAGUGUCUGAUCCCAUUUUGGGCAACCCCAACUACUUCUUACCAGCCUUUAAUGAUUUGAUAGAGCAUCUUAUAGACACUGGACAAGUAUUCCAAGUGCUUGUCUACAGCGUUCGUUCACAUUCACAGCUACUUCUUCUUGAAAUGAUGUUGAUCUAUUGCUGGUCCCAUUGGAAUUACCGUAGCAACGACUCGAGCGCUAUUCAACGCCAGUUUCAAAAGUGGAACUUGGUAGAGCCUGUUGUUCGCAGCCGAGACACCAUAUUCAGGUAUCUCUGCAACCUUCAGUUAGGACUAGCUGCCAAUUAUACUGAGAUUUCACUCUCGUCCACUCCAUCUUUCAUUAACGAAGGAGAGUUCCGUAUCCACUUACUCUUGAGAGAAGCCGUCAAGUCCUUCUGCAACGAUUACAUGCAAUUCAUCCCCAUGAUAGCGCAAGCUGUAGAUGUAGCACAGUUGCACAAUACAAAGGUGCUAUUCUACGAUCUCCUCCAUGUUCUUCUCCAGAAGCACAGCCAAUGUUGCAUGGCCGAGUACUUACUGGAAGAUAAUACUGAUCUCAAGGCUUUGGUUCAACACGGUCUUUGGCACAAACACAACCACCGUUUGCACAAGUACUCGUACCGAAUUCUCCACUUCUUGCUAGAACAAGGCGACCACAAUCUAGUAGAGCUGUGGGAAAGACAAGUAGAAGGAGGCAAGCUCUACGUUCCUUCCGCUGGUGUUGUCGCUAAUGCUACAGUCUCGGCCAAUUCUCCGCAACAACUGCUGGGAAUCAACAUGUAUGCCACAGCACUCCAGAAACCAAUUACGCCUGGAGGUUUGAGCUACGGACUUCUUAGUGGGCUUGUCUAUGGAACCCAGCGGCAUUCGAGUAUGCGCCGUAAGCUUGCAAGAGAGUUGUGA